UGGUAAUGAAUUUAAUAACAUUGAGGAUACUUGUAGCAUUAGUGAUGACGAACUUAAUAAUAUUGAGAGUAGUAACACAGAAAUAAGUAUUUUGAGAACUGAAGAAGUGAAUAAUGUUAUUAUAAGAUUGUUGCAAGCAGUUCCAGAAGUGACUAAUCAUCGGUUGCUCAUGUAUGUUGGAAAUUCAAUAGUGAAUGCAUGUACAAGUAUGAACAAUAGUAAUAAUAUAAGUAUGAAUGAUAAACUAACUAGUUCAGAUAGUAAUGAUUUUGAGGUUAAGAUUGUUAGAGACUACAAUUUAAUAUCUCCUAAAAACUUAAACAGUAUAAUCAAACAAUUAGAAAAUGAAUUCAAAAGUAAUGAGUAUAGUGAGAUCGAUAAAGUUCGCCUUUAUACAAUGUUAUCUUAUUUGUAUCUUGUAGAACAUGGCCGAAAGAAAGUUGAAGCAAGUACUAUUGUAGCAGAAGCAGCUAGAAAGGGUGUUUAUCAUGUCUGUUACAUACAUGCAUGA